GGAUAAAUAAGAUAGCAAUACGUUAACGUUGCGUUUCAAAAAAUCUUUAAACAGAAACUGCUUUGUAUUUUGUGACUGACAUUGCUGACUUUCAAUGCCCUUUUAUUCCACAGCUAUUGAUUCUAGGGUAUAUUUUCAAUCAAAUCAAAAGAUGUCAUUGUGAUAUCCGAUCUUAAUAUCAUUCAAUGAAAACGUUUUAUUAAUGUUGACGUCGUGACGUCAGAGACGACUAGUUGUAAAGCAAGAAUGCUCCGUCGACUGCUAUAUUUUAGCCAACGAUCGGCUAGUCGCGUUUUGUUCGCUGACUCGACAGCAGCGGUCGGACGCCACGGUGUAAAAACAGGCUCGUCGGCUAACCCCAUCGAUCGAUCGUUAACAAUGUUUUGAACAAAAUCGGAUUUAAGGCAACAUUGAAUUAUUUUUAUAUGAUAUUUGCAAAAUAAUACCUCUCGUAAAACCGUGAAACAGUGCAAGUAUUUCAGGACAAUCCCAAAUCAUUAAAACGACUCACAGACUUUCCAAAUUAAUAAAAGAUAACAUGAAAUGCGAUGGAGCCCACGAAGCGAUGCUCGGCAAUGACAAAUUGGCGAAAAUCGCUAAACAAAAGCAGAAAGAAUCAAAUAAACAGGACGAAUACGAAGCCCUACAGAGUUUCCUGCGCAGUAUCAGCUCAACGGCCACAUUACCACCAUACGUCAAAGGAGAAACAUACUCUUCCGUUCGGGGUGUAUUCAAUCAGUGCCUCAUAACAUGUGCAGUGUUGAUCCUUGCCGCCGGUGCGGGUCAUCCUAUCGGUUUCUCAGCGAUUGCUCUACCACAACUGCAGCGUGAGAAUAGCUCUAUGAGAACAGACGACGAGAUGGGCUCUUGGAUCGCCAGUAUCCACUCGGCAGCUACCCCUCUCGGCUCGAUGGUGUCAGGUCCGGUGAUGGAAGCCAUCGGGCGGCGGCGGACGCUACAGUCCUGCACCGUCCCGCUGGUCGUUGGGUGGAUCAUAAUAGGAACUGCGUCGCAUCACGCUUUAUUGCUCCUUGGUAGAAUUGUCUGUGGCUUCGCUGUAGGCCUCAUGGCCGCUCCGUCACAGGUCUAUUUGGGUGAAAUAUCUGAGCCCAGAUUACGAGGUCUACUAAUUGGAACUCCGUUUGUUGCAUAUUCUCUUGGAGUGUUGUACGUUUACACCCUGGGCGGUCCCCUUAGUUGGAGGUCCGUUGCAUAUCUCUCCACUGUACUCCCAAUAUUAGCAUUUAUUGCUCUAUGCUUCUCUCCGGAAAGCCCGACAUGGUUGGCUAGAAGAGGAAGAUUCCACGAGGCCAUGGCAGCGAUGUCACGACUCCGAGGCACUACUGAAACGGCACAACGAGAACUCCAUGAAUUAAUAUCAUGUCGGGAGAAGGAGAAAGCGCGAGGGGAAGAGAAUAUCAAAUUCUUCGCAACUGUCAUUCGAUCCCCUGUGUUGAAACCACUGAUUCUGAUCAACACGUUCAACUUACUGCAGAUUCUGUCAGGAAGUUAUGUCGUUAUAUUUUAUGCCAUCAAAAUUGUUGAAGAAGCCGGCGGUUCUCUGCCGCCUGAGAUGGCAGCCAACGCAAGCGCUUUAGUAAGGUUAGCAGUGACGAUCCUCGCUUGCAUCUUGUUACUGCGGCUCACUCGUCGGACACUCGUCAUGAUUUCUGGCAUUGGAACUUCUGUCUGUACUCUGGCGUUGGCCGCCCUACUCGCGCAAGGCCCCGGUACAGGCAUCGCGCCGCCAGUCCUGAUCCUCGCAUACGUUGGCUUCAAUACCUUAGGAUUCUUUGUACUGCCGGGGCUUAUGAUAGGCGAAUUACUGCCCACCAAAGUCCGUGGGCUCUGCGGAGGCUAUAUUUUCUGUUUCUUUAAUUCAUUCCUUUUUGGUUUUACCAAACUUUACCCUGCGAUGAUGAAGAAUAUAGGAAUAGCGGCUGUCUUUAGUUUCUUCGGUAUUUCCGCUGCUCUUGCCACAAUUCUACUUUUCCUUUUAUUACCAGAGACGAAAGGGAAAUCUCUUUUACAAAUAGAACAGUAUUAUCAAAAGCCGAAUAUAUUGUGGCUGUCUCGUAAAAAAACAACCGGUAGUCAAAACGUUUGAGCCAUUGUUUAUUAGUUAAAUAAACUGUGAUUGACAUAUGUUACUUGACAUAUUAUUGUAGGUACUUAAAAAUAUAUAUUUGUUGUGAUAAACAUAACCGCAGUGAUAUGUCAUUAACUUACAUAAAUAUAUAAAUCGUGGCAUAUGUUUAUUUGCCGCCGUGACCUUAAAGAAUAUUAUAUGGUCUUCUCGCAUUAAAACUGUAUAAUAAUCUCAAAACUUACUAAUUUUAGAGGAGAGUGUUUAAAAGGUUUAAAAUGUGAUAUUUUUAAUAUUAAUCAUCUUUGUAACAUUUAUUUUUUAUUUUUUACCAGUUACAUUAUCUGUCUUUUAAAGUAAGAUAAAAUUAUACAUUAAUUUUUUGAAUAGUAGUCAAAACAUAGGUAAACUAAAAAAAACUAAAACUAAACUACGUUCUAUUGACAGUUUUUAUGAGAAAAAUACUGGUGAUACCAAAUGAUUCCGCAUAUUAAUUCAAUUUCGAAUAUUUUUGGAAAUGUGUAGUGCACUUUUAAUGCGAAAAGACGAUGUUAAAUCCUAUAAUGUGCCUUGUUAAUUAAAUUAAUUAAUAUUUUGACGUAAAUAUAUAUCGAGUGUAUUACGAAAUACAUGGUUUAGGGAAAUUAAAACCGCAAGCUGAUUUGCGUAAUUUUCAAUUGUAGGGCAUGUUGAAAGGCCACAAGGGCCAGAACCACAGUCCUAUUUCUGCAAAGGAAUUGUUAAAUUAAUCCUAUGCAAUAACGACUUCGACCUUGUGUCUCUAGUCUGAAGGUGAACAACGGAAUUCAGAUUAUGAUCUCUAUGCGCUUUAUAAAAGGCGUGACCUUAUCACCCUAUUUGACCUAAAAAUAAGUUGACAAACAACAUUUGAAGUUCCAGUAAAAACUUACACUAGAUAAGAGAGCUUAUCAGCAAAUCUGUGGCAAAGAAAUACCUACAACAUUAUUUGGGAAUAGCAAAGUAUACAUUUUUAGAUAUUUGUGUGUUGAUAUAUACAUUUGCAUCUAAAGCUUGAGAUAACUUAUCAGCGAAACUUAUAUUGCAUAACGCACAUAAAUGAUGGAACAUAAAACGUUUAAAUUCAUAGAAAUAAGAUUAUGAUCUUACAUCAUUAUAUAUUAUGUCCAUGAUAUAUUAACUAUAUAUUUUGUGAUAUCUCUACGAUUUUACAUAUGAAUGGAAAAAAAUAUGUUGCUAAACUUAUAGGUACGUGUGUAACACCAAAAAUAUAGUAAAAUAUAUAAUUUUGUAUGUAAAGGCAUUUAAAGACGUGUAUCUGUGAUUAAAUCAGUAACGUUGUCCUACUGUAUUAUGUACCGAAGCACAACUUUAUACUGUAAGUAGUAUUAUUGACAAUGAAUCUUCUAUGACACAAGUUAUUCGAAUGUUACAAAGAUUUGAAUAAAAGUAUUAAAUUUA